CAGUGCGAGCACUCUCUCUCCCUAGCGCCGCCCUCCCGCUGAGGGUUCUUGUCAGUGAGUAACAAAAUGGCCGCGGCUGCCCAGCUCUUGCCUGCCUUUAGCGGAUUCACAUCAGCGCUGUAAGGGGAUAGUAACUGGCCGCUUGCUCCAACCCCCCCUGCUGCCCGGACACUCCCCGCCGAGCCGCCACCUCCCUAUCCGUCCUACCGGGGGAGCCUGUCAGGAACCGUACCGGGGCUUGUCCUGGCUCCGCACCAUCGCUUCGCGGCCUCCCUGGAUCCCUCCGGCCGUCACUGGAGCCCCUCUCUCCUCCCCCUCGCCCGGCUCCUGAACGGGAGGGGACAGCAGCGGCCCAGUGACAGGAGGGAAGCGGGGAGAGAGCCCCCACCGAGCCCGACACUGCCAGCCGCCAGCUCCCGGGGGAGAAGAGAGCAGGGAGAAAGAACAAGAAACCCAAAGAGAGGAACAUUUGAUGGAAGAAAAGAAAAAGAAAAAGCAGGAAGAAAAAAAGAAGAAGGAGGGAGCUCAGAAGAAGGCUGCUGAACAAAAAACCAAAGUGCCAGAACCAACCAAGAGCGGUUCCAACCAGCCCCAACCUGCAGCUGCCAGUACUUCUACCAGCACCGUCCCAAACAGCAAUGGCAAACGGGCAUCUGCCAACGGCCAGCAGUCUGCGGCCUCACGUUACCUGCCGCGUGAGGUGCCCCCGCGCUUCCGUCAGCAAGAACAGAAGCAACUUUUAAAAAGAGGUCAGCCAUUGCCUGCCGGGACUUUGGCCAUUGGUAACCCAACACAGGAUACUGGACAAGCCAGGGUUAGCCCCCCUCCACCGCAAGGGGCUGGUGGAACCCCCCAUCCCUCAAAGGCCCACUCUGAUCUCAGUCACAGUGGUUUGGGAGACCAUUAUGAGAAUUCCCACUGGGGACUGCAGCCGUCUCUCCGAGGUGAAGCCACUUGUAGCUGGGAUAAAGUGAUAAUAGACAGGACUGACAAGGAAGCGUGGCCUUCCAUUACUGGAACUGAGAGUGAAUCUGCCUCAGAAUGUACUACAGACACUGACUCUGCCUCCAACUGUGGCUCAGAGAAAAGUAGCAUGGCUACUAGUGCCCAAGGCAACUUCACUGGACAUACAAAGAAAACAAAUGGCAAUAAUGGCGCCAAUGGAGCACUCAUCCAAAGCACUUCUAACCAGAGUGCCCUUGGAGCUGGUGGGGCAAAUGGUAAUGGGAACUUAGCCAGAGUUUGGGGUGUCGCUCCAGGCUCCAGCUCUGGCAUUGCUCACUGCCCUAUUGGUGGUGGGGAUGGCAAGGUGGACAACAUGAUUGGGGAGAGCAGGAGUCAUAACUGCUGGGGCGCUUCCAACCCAAAUACUGGCAUUAAUCUUAACCUUAACCCGAAUGCCAACCCAGCUGCCUGGCCUGUACUUGGACAUGAAGGGACUUUGGGAGGCGGCAGUCCUUCCAGCAUUUCAAGUCCAGUCGGUGCCAUUGGACAGAACAUGGGCAACCAGAAUGGAAACGCAGCUGGUAGUUUAGGUGCCUGGAGGAACCUGCAGUCACAAGAGAGCACAGAACCACAAACGUCCAAUUCUCAGAAUGUGUCUUUCAGCGUACAACCUCAGAACCUUAACACUGAUGGACCAAAUAACACUAACCCCAUGAAUUCUUCACCAAACCUUAUUAAUGCAAUGCAGACAAAUGGACUGCCAAACUGGGGGAUGGCUGUCGGAAUGGGGGGCAUCAUCCCACCCCACCUGCAAGGCCUUCCUGGUGCUAAUGGUUCAGUUUCUCAAGUCAGCGGGGCGGGAGGUGACGGCACGGGCAGCUCGGUGUGGGGGUUAUCGCAGGGCGGCCCGUCUGUAGGAAGCUGCGGUUCAGGGUUCAGUCAGGAAGGAGGAGAUGGCAGCUCUAAACAAAAUGGCUGCGCAGUUCAGAAAGAUGGCAGUGGAAUGAGUGCAUGGGAUUCAGGACCACCUAGUAGCCCCGGGGUGCUGCCUUGGGGGAGAGGCAGAGGCAGCGUAGGAGGCAUGCAUCCCGGACCAUGGGGUCAUACUGGACAUAGCACAAGUAACGGUGUGAACGGUGAGUGGGGUAAGGUCCCAAACCAGCAUUCCAGCAAUGACAUGAAUGGAAAAGGACCCACAGGGUGGGACAGCCCCAGCGUUGGCAUGCAGAGCACCCAGCAGGGAGGUGAGCAAAUGAAUUCUAGGGCCAAAGCGGUUGCAUCUGUCACUGCAGCCAACGACAGAUGCACCGGCGCUGGGAAUGCCAAUGAAGGGAAGGGAGGAGAUGGUCAGCAGGGAGACCCUGGGAUGGCAGAGCAGAUGCCAAGACAAGAUCUUGACCCGAGAGUCCUUUCCAAUACCGGCUGGGGACAGGUCCCCGUCAGACAGAAUAUUGCAUGGGAAUUGGAAGAAUUUCAGCGUCCCGAUCAUAAAAAUGUUGGGACGGAGGCCUGGGGGGGUUCAAAUACUCAGCCUUCAAACUCAGGGGGAAAGAGUGAAGGGUCCAUCAUGAACAGUACCAAUACCUCUUCAGUAUCGGGGUGGAUGAACACCCAACCUGUGUCUGCCCCUGUAAGUGCAAGCUGGGGAGAAAAAACGCCAAAUGGUCCAGGGGGGUGGGGGGAACACGCAAGCUCUACUGUUGUCAAUGCUGCUGCCAAAAGUGGUCACGCUUGGAGCGCGUCCGCUAAUCAGGAGGACAAGUCGCCCACCUGGAGUGAGCCUCACAAGUCCAAACCCCAAGGGUGGGCCGACGGGCAAAAAUCAAAUCCAAGCUGGAGUUCUACGGGCGGAGACUGGACCGACGGGCCCCCUGUUCCUCAACACAUUACCGACGGAAAGAAAAACGGGACAGGGUGGGACUCCGACAGUAAGCCUGGAUCUGGGUGGAACGAGAACUCGCGGCCUGGGACCAGCGGGUGGGGAAAUGGCACAAACACCAAGAAUAAUUCCGGUACAGGCUGGGGGGAGCCCAUGAAAGCUCCUCAGCAGCAAAACUGGGCCAAUAAACCCCAAGAGAACAAUGUGAGUGGGUGGGGAGGAGCAGCAUCUGUAAAACAGAAUGGAUCUGUGUGGAUUGGUGGACCGGUGCCAGCAACACCACCAACCAAACAAAAGGAUGCUGGAGCUGAUUCCACCGGCUGGCAAGAGCCUUCUCCGCCGUCUAUACGCCGUAAGAUGGAAAUAGACGAUGGUACCUCAGCUUGGGGUGACCCGAGCAAUUAUAUUAAAACUGUAAACAUGUGGGAUAGGAAUAAUCCGGUAUCUCAGAGCAUCCCUGCAACAAACACCAACUCCGCCGCCACUCCCAGCACCCCUCCAAAUACCAAUAUGGUUGAACCUCAGCCAACUCAUCAGCCAAGUGCCCAGCAGAACCGAUCCCCACUGCUCGGUCCAGGCUGGGGAGAUUUGCCUAAUGUUAACUCAAAGACUGAAGCCUCUUGGGGAGAGCCCCCAUCCCCGUCUGCUGCUGUCGACAAAGGCACUUCGGCAUGGGGGAAGCCCAAAAACAGCACUUCAGGUUGGGGGGACGGCUCUGCGGAACCUCCCGGAACAUAUGGAAGGACAAGCGCUCCUGCUGCUGCUGCUGCCCCCAUGCUGUGCAAACCAGCUCCCAAAUCUAUGCAAGAAGGCUGGGGUAGUAGUGGAGAGGAGGCCGGCCUGGGCAGCCAGUGGGAGGAAGAUGAGGGAGACAUGUGGAACAAUGCUGCUUCUCAAGACAGUAACUCCUCCUGCAACUCGUGGGGCAACGGCCCCAAAAAAGGACUUUCCAAGGUCAUAAAGACUCCAAGCAAGUCCGACGAGGUCUGGAUCAUGUCCCGACUGACUAAACAGCUCACUGAUAUGGGCUUCCCGAAAGAGCCUGCUGAAGAGGCCUUGAAAAGUAACAAUAUGAAUCUGGACCAGGCCAUGAGCGCUCUCCUGGAAAAGAAGGUGGAAAUAGACAAGCGUGGAUUGGGAUUGGCAGACUAUAAUGUGAUGGUCACCAAGCCCCUGAGCUGCCGCCAACCACCAAUCUCCAAAGAGUCUUCCAUGGACCGCCCCACUUUUCUUGACAAGCUCACCAUCUCCCUCUCCAAUCAGGAUGGCGGCCUAGCGGAAGAGCCCACUUCUUCACCAUUUUUGCCUUCACCAAGCCUGAAACUCCCCCAUCCAAACAGUGCACUCCCUAAUCAGGCCCUGGGUGCCAUGACAGCAGGGCUUGGCAUGCAGAACUUGAAUUCCACUAGACAGAUGCAGAGUGGCAAUCUGGGUAUGUUUGGCAAUAGUGGAGCAGCACAAGCCAGGUCCAUGCAGCAGCAGCAGCAGCCACCAGUGCAACCUCUCAACUCAUCCCAGCCUAGUCUUCGUGCUCAAGUGCCUCAGUUCUUAUCCCCUCAGGUUCAAGCACAGCUUUUGCAGUUUGCAGCAAAAAACAUUGGUCUCAACCCUGCACUAUUAACUUCGCCAAUUAAUCCUCAGCAUAUGACCAUGCUGAACCAGCUCUACCAGCUGCAGCUGGCGUAUCAGCGUUUACAACUCCAGCAGCAGAUGUUACAGGCUCAGCGCAAUGUUUCCGGACCCAUGAGACAGCAGGAGCAGCAAGUUGCACGCACAAUCAAUAACAUGCAGCAGCAGAUCCAGCAACACCAACGGCAGCUGGCCCAGGCCCUGCUCAUGAAGCAGCAGCAGCAGCCUCCCCCUCAACACGCUCCUUUGCACCCCCCAGCAGGCAAGUCUGCGCUGGACACUUUCUCAUCCCAUACCCCGGCCCCUGGCCUGUCCGACCUUCACACCAAAGAGCAGCAGUCUUCAUCCAGCACCUUCCCCCCAUACCCACUUGUGGCUGGACUGAACCCCGGCAUGAAUGUAAACAACAUGGACAUGGCAGGCAGUUUGUCAGUGAAGGAUUCAUCUCAGUCCCAGUCUCGUCUGCCACAAUGGACUCACCCCAACGCCAUGGACAGUCUGACAAAUGCUGCUUCUCCACUUGACCCCAGUCCUGGCAAGCCCGGUGCCCUUCCUGGGGGGUUGAACAUUGGUCCCCCUGGAAAGUCCUCUCUGGAUGACGCCUACAGUCGGUACGACCUCCUGUCCAACAGCGAGUCGCCAACGAGCCCUCCUGUACCUGUUUCUGACAGCUGGUCACGUGCCAAAUCUGAGAGUGAAAAGAUCUCCAAUGGAUCCAGCAUCAACUGGCCUCCUGAGUUUCACCCUGGGGUACCUUGGAAAGGACUGCAGAAUAUCGACCCGGAGAAUGACCCGGAUGUGACUCCUGGGAGCGUUCCUACGGGCCCUACCAUCAACACCACCAUCCAGGAUGUCAAUCGCUAUCUACUAAAGAGCGGAGGGAAACUGUCUGAUAUCAAGUCCACGUGGUCAUCCAGCCCCAUCUCCCACACUCAAGCGUCCUUGUCUCACGAGCUGUGGAAAGUACCAAGAAACACUACAGCCCCAUCCAGACCUCCUCCUGGACUGACCAACGCCAAACCCUCCUCUGCCUGGAGUUCAAACCAACUGGGCUGGACAAGCUCCUAUUCCUCUGGUUCCACUUGGAGUACCGACAGCUCAGGAAGAACAAGCAGCUGGCUGGUCUUGCGCAACCUAACCCCACAGAUUGAUGGCUCUACCCUACGGACACUGUGUCUGCAGCACGGCCCUCUGAUAACAUUCCAUCUGAACCUCACUCAAGGCAAUGCUGUGGUCAGAUACAGCUCCAAGGAGGAAGCCACCAAAGCUCAGAAGUCACUGCAUAUGUGCGUUCUGGGUAACACUACUAUCCUGGCCGAGUUUGCUGGCGAAGAGGAAGUGAACCGUUUCCUGGCACAAGGACAGCCGCUGCCCCCCACCUCCAGCUGGCAGUCUAACACUGGCAAUAGCCAGCCCCGCCUGGGAUCCGCAGGGGGCUCACAUACCUUGGUGCGCAGCGACGCCGCUCACUGGAACCCCCCGUGCCUCGGCAGCAAGGGGAACAACGACCUGCUCUGGGGCGGAGUCCCUCAGUACUCCAGCAGCUUAUGGGGGCCCCCCGGAUCAGAGGAUGCAAGGAUCAUCCGCAGCCCCACCCCUCUCAACACCCUCCUGCCGGGGGAUCUGCUGAGCGGGGAGUCCAUGUGAUCCAACAACACAUCAUCAGCACUAACAAAGAACCUUAAUCCAACAUGGAAUCCUUCCCACCAUGGCUCAGAGAAGCACCCCGUCUGACCCGGCACUAUAGCCUUCUCUCCAUGCAGUAUCUUCUCUCCGUCACACCCCCCCCCGCCGGCACCCUUGUGAACUGUUGCCUCUAACAGUAUGGGUAGAAUGUGAGCUGGGGGGGGCGGAAGGAUUCGGGAGAAAGUCGAGGGAUCUGAGUUACUCAGUACAGGCUGACAAAGUCUUUUAUUUUUUGUUUUGUUUUGGGGGGUUUUUUGUGUUUCUUUUAACGUUUCAGAAGUGUUCAAAGAAGAAGACAAUAACAUUAUCAAGCUGCUCCUGCUGGGACUAGAACUUACGGGCACUUUCCUUACAUGGCAGGGCUGAAGCGGUUUACUGGGAGGGGAGUGGGUUAGGGAGGGCUGGGGGGCUAGAGAAGCCUAUCGUUAAAUGAGCCUUGGACUUUUAUGCACAUGAGGCGGGGCCCCUGUCAAUCAGAAUGGGGGGGAGGAGCAAGCGAGAGAUUUGGUGUAUACGCACUGUGUACACUCGCAGCUAGAUGUAGGACUUGGUACGGAACUCACAGGCCGACUGUAGAGAAGGAGCGGAGGAUCCGGUUGAUCACCCCGUGGAUCUGCCUAUGCACAUAACCUUCGUCCAGAGCUUCUGCCCCUGCCUUGCCAUCUUCUCUCUACAUCUCCUCAACACUAUCUCCUUCUUCUUCUCCUUCCAGGCACCAUAUCAUCUGAUUAGAAAUACUUGAAUCCAGCAGAGGAAAGCUGUUUUUUAUUAGUUCUUAUCAGGGUCUCCAGGCCGCUGUCGUCCAUGGCAACGCAGCUCUUUGUGGACUUCAACAAGAUGACAAAUGGCAAGCCCCGCCCUCCUUUCUCCCCCCCCCCCCCCCUUUUCUUUUUAAUUUAAUUCGGCAUCGAUUAUCUAAAAAUAGAUAUUUUUGGAAACAGACUGUGUUCUUAGCCCAGGGAGUGAAAUGGCUGCCCCUAUGGGUUCUGGAUCUUCUGGAUACCAAGUCGCUUAUGGUCGGCCAAUCAAAUUACUCAGAGUUGGCUACUGAUGCUUGCCAAGCCUGAGCCGUGCCAUUGCCAAGGUGAGGGGAGUCACCCAUUGUGUCCAAUGCCCGGCACUGCCCAUAGGAUAGAGGCACCCUCCAACUAACUGCACUUAAUGAAUUCCCCCGCGCCUCUUUGUAGGGAAAUACAUUUGAAAAAAAAAAAACUAUCAUGGCUCCUAAGCUAAUGUCCCAGUGAGCCGGGGACACUGCGUUUAUAUUAUAGAUAUCGGGCAGUCACUCGGCUCCAAUUAAUGCUAAUGGAUAUUGGGCCCCACUGUACAGAAACCUUGGAGAUCUUCCUUUACCUUUAGGAAUAGUGUUACCCCCUACCGUAAUAUGUAAGGAUAUUAGAAGUCAGCGAGGAUUCCACAUAUUAGAAAACCCUGACAUUUUAACGUAGGGGGUUCAUUAUAUUUAUAACACAGACCAGUGACUCCUAUAACGCAAGUGGUAUGGCCGAGUCCCCUUUAUAAUAAUAUAGUUUAUGCCAAAAGUCUGUGAGGAUGAGUUUAUCUGUGAAGGCAAAGAGCAAGGGGAAGUAAAACCCAGAAUUGGGUUGAGGGUCUGUAUUUGUUACAAAGAAAGAGAUGGAAAAGACCAGCGUGCCAGUUAUAAUGAUUUUUGUGGUCCUGGCCCUUUAAGGGUCACAUAGAUAUGUGUUAUUCUAGGGAAACGUUCAAAGAGAAAAUACAUUUAUCCCACAAUAUCGAAGGGACCCGGUUUAGUUGGCCUUUAGCGCACCCCAUGCCAAGGCUUCUCUCCACUGAGGGACCCAGACGGGAGUUCAUUUAAGAGGAUUUAAUGUCCUCUGAGCACUUGUGCAACUGGCAUUCAUUUUCUGUAUUUAGGUCUGGUAUUAGCAGUGUAAAACUGCAAAUAUCCCACAAACCACUUCCAAUAGAAGAUUCAUGCAAAAUCCCAAUGUAACAUGAAGAUCCCCGGGCUUCACCCCAGCUCCCAUUAUCCCUGGGCGGGUUCUUACAAUAGUUAAGGCACCUUGUUAGUCACUUAUGGGCCAUUUCCCUUCCCUGGGCAGAGCGGGGCAGGCUGCCAUUGUGGCCUCUGUCUUACAGAGAAGGAGGGGAGUCUUUGCUAAACCUGACCAUUUCUGAAAAGUAUUUUUUUUUUUAAUCUUAUUUCAUGCUUUUAGGUCAGGCUUUUUUUUUUUUUUUUUUCCUGUUUUUAUCACCUUUUUUUAAAUUUGCACUGAGAUUUUCAGCUCCGCUUUACCAGCUCGGUGGUCGUUGCCAGCGGAGAUGCAGAGGGACAAAGCGUAUCCAUGUUUACUCAAGGACCUGUUUGUCAAAAACAAAAAACAUUUUUUUGAAUUAUCUCUGGCGCAAAACCAAAAAAAAAAAAAAGAAGUGUCUGCCUUUCCAGCGACUUUGUGGCGAGAAGCGGAGACUUGCGCCCGGCGUAUCCCGUAUCUUCUGAACUGCGAGAGAAUAAAAAGCAGAAGCCGUCGCGGCUCUAACCUGUUUACAAACCUUAUCGUUUUAUCAUAUUCUGUGUUUUCUGCUUUUCUCCAAAAAAAGAUAAAAAAAAAGACAAAAAAGAAAAAAAAUUUUUGAAAAAAAAAAAAAAAUACUUCCAUUGAAUUUCAAAAGUCUAUUUUCAAAAUCGAAUAGAAAUUCCUUUACAUCUCGGGGAAAAGUAACCAGUGUUUUAUAUAUUCAGCGGAAAAGAACGAACAUUCGCCAUUUUAUUUCCCCAUUUUUUUAUGUGGUUUUUUUUGGGUUUAUUUUUCCCAGAUGGAAAUUUCAUUUUUUUUUUUUGGAAAUCACUAUCUUGCACAUGGUGGAUACAUUUACUCAGGAAAACCGGACAUUUCCAGAGGAGUAAAAAAAAAAAAAUGCCACACAACCAUUUCAUUGUAUUUUUUAGAAAAACAAAAAAAAAAAAUGACAAAAGAGCUAUAAAAAAAAGAUGUAAAACGAGGAAAAAGAAAAAAAGAGAUUUCCCAGCUCCAAGCACUGAGAAUACGGUGGGGGGGGGGGGGGGGGGGGGCGGCGGAACCGGAGGAAGGCAAACUAUUCCUGUUUGUAGCAGUUACAUAAUAACCAAAUAAUGGACUUGAAAUGAUUCAAGAGUGCUUUAUUCAUUGAAAAAGAAAAAACAAAAAGAAAAAAAAUAUUGCUUUAUGUUAAAACCGUGACUUUAUGGGGGGUAUUGGGGGGGUCUGGAAGGAACAAGUCACCUUUUACAGCCGCGGAAGGGAAUCCUGUAACCCUACAAGGAAACUGUACAACUUGGGAUUGGGUAUGUGGCGGUGGAAGGGGAUUGGCUGAUCGGAGGGGGGGGGGUUGUUUUUUGGAGGUGCCAGAAAGGAGAGUUUUUGUACCCAGCAGGAUCCUGACCUAUGCACAAGCCGAGACGAGAAGCUUUUUUGGGGGGUUUUUUUGUUUGGGGGGGGGGGCGGUCAAAUGGUAUUAUAAUUGCCCCGGGGCAAUUCUUUUGUUACCCCCCCUUCCUAUUGACAAGACAGGGAAUAGAACUUUUCAGAAAGUAAAAAAAAAAAAAACCUGUGUAUUUCACCCCCAACUUGUGUCGUACGUUGGAACAGGAUUUUCUUUUUGUUUGUUAAUCAGUAAUAAUUUGUGUGUGUUACUUCAUAAUGCUACCUCUGUCUGCCAUAAACUGCCCCUCGGGGGGCAGAGGAACAGACUGUGACACGGGGAGGGAACUACAGGCACUGGGACAAUCCUUACUCCCCGCCGACAUCUCCGCGCCGCUCCAUUUCCCCCGCUUUGCACGCCAGAGAGGACAGACAGCAGUGUUCAGAAGGUUUACAAGAAUUUCUAGAUAUAUAUAUAUAUAAUGCAGUCGCUCCUAGGUUCUCUCUCUGCAGGGGGGGGGGGUGUUGUUUAUGUUUUUUUUUUUUUUUUUUUUUUUUCUCUUUCCAAUUGCCUUUCUUUUGGAUGCAAAAUUCUCCCAAAGAUGUUUCAAAAAAGCAUUUUGUGGCUCUUCUAUUGUUACUGAACUCUGGCUGCAAAGGUGGGGAAAUGCGCAGGUUGUACAGCGAGAGCGCAGGCAGCACAGCACUCCUCCAACCGGGACAUUGGCUGUUCGCUCCAUCUUUGUUUGCAGGAAUUCUUCCACCAUUACAAAAAAGGGGGAUGCUGUGUAUUUGGGGGGGGGCGUCCCUGGCACGGGAAGGGUUUGAAUAGCACUUUGGCCACGUGACGUAUGGCGGCGCUUACGACAGAGCCCCCGGGCGAGGAUGCUGUGGGUGCUGCGGGGGAGCGCAGGGCGUACACCUUUUCUUCCAUGCAAAAAAAAAAAUGGAUUUAUAUCUUAAAGUGAAGGACAUGGGGGGUCUCCCCAAAUAUCCGACUGAACCAUGUCGCCAUCUUUGUGGGGGGGUGGGGGAGGGGGGUCUUUCUCAUUUCUCAGAUUCUGUUGGCUUCUAACAUGUUUAACGUUUGCGACUCAAAAGGCGAGGAUUUGUGACUUACGUUUUUCUUUUCUCUCCUAGAAUGUGUUUGUUAAUGAAUUGCACCAAAAGCUGCUUUUAAACAAAAACAAAACGAAAAUGGAAAAAAAAAAACAAUGUUGAAGCUUCUUUUAAAAAAAAAAA